CCCUCAAAAGUAGAAAGAGAAUGAGAAGACCAUAUAGACACAAGAGUCUAGAGUGAGAAACAAACAAAGUGGUCACACGUAUACAUACAUACAUACAUAUAGAGACAAAACAUAUAAACAGAGACGAACAACACAGAGAAGAGAGAGAGGGAGAGAGAGAGAGAGACGCGGAGGGCACGAUGAAGCACAUUUUCAAGAAGCUUCACAUAGGCAGCAACCACGACCCCACCCGAUCCAACGACCCCUCUCCUCCCCUUCCUUCUGUUUCCCCCACCUGCGCCGCCGCUGCCGUCCAGUCUCCGGUCAGCCCUCCGCCCUCGACUUCUCCCCCCUCUUCCGCGGAAACCGCCGCGACGACGCCGGUAUCGGCGGCGGUCAACAGGCAGCAGGACUACUACUCGUCGGAGGAGGAGUACCAGGUGCAGCUAGCCCUAGCCCUCAGCGUAUCGGGCCCCGACUCGGACGGUAAUAGUAAUCGGGAUAAGGAUCAGAUCCGAGUCGCCACGUGGCAGGGGCGGGACGCCGCCGCGGACUUGUUGUCGCGCCAGUACUGGGAUUACAGUGUCCUUGACUAUGGGGAGAAAGUAGUUGAUGGUUUCUAUGAUGUAUAUGGGCUCUCCACAGAUCCAGCAAUCCAAGGAAAAAUGCCAUCUCUCACAGACCUUGAAACAGACCCUGGUAGUUCAGGAUUGGAAGUUAUUGUAGUUAACCGAACAAUAGACCCUUCCCUGGAGGAGUUGUUGCAGAUAGCACACUGCAUUGCAUUAGACUGCUCAGCUGGUGAGGUUAGUAUUCUGGUACAGAGGCUUGCUGAGCUUGUCACAGAACACAUGGGUGGGCCGGUAAAGGAUGCUAGUAUCAUGGUAGCAAGGUGGACAGAAAGAAGCACAGAGUUGAGAACAUCUCUUCACACUACCGUUUUGCCUAUUGGGUCCUUAAAGAUUGGGUUGUCACGUCACCGCGCUUUACUUUUUAAGGUAUUAGCUGACAAUGUUGGAUUACCUUGUAGACUGGUUAAAGGUAGUCAUUACACAGGUGUUGAGGAUGAUGCUAUCAACAUCAUAAAGUUGGCAAAUGAAAGUGAAUGUUUGGUUGAUCUCAUGGGUGCCCCUGGGACACUUAUACCAGCCGACGUACUGAGUAUUAAGGAUACAUCAUUCGGUUCGUAUCCUCCAAACUUCAGCAAAAUUCCAAGUCUUCAGACAACUAACGACUCUGGAUUAGUUUACCCAAUACUGGGUGAAUUUGAAGGCAGCAGUCAAAGCUCUGGGGUUGAAAACAGUUUCCCAUUGGGUAAAAGGUCAAGUUCAGAAAUGACUGAAACUUUCCCUUCACUCCCAAGUGCCCAAAGCUCUGGGGUUGGUUCUUCUGGAACUAAUAGAGCGAAUCCUGCUAAACAGUUAGCAAUUGGGCCUUCUCAGCGUAAAGGAGGUCGGGGGCCCAAUGCAGCUGGUGAUGUUUCGAGGAUGAAUGUUAACAUAGUUCCUUAUCCCCAGAGUAGCACAGAGGAGUCCAAAAAUCUUUUUGCUGAUCUCAAUCCAUUCCAGAUUAAAGGAUCUGGCAAGGCUACUGUACAGAACAAUGUUGAUUGGAAUAGAAAUGAGGAGUUUCGAAGGCCAAAGAAUGACCUUUCCUCUGGUCGACCGCCUGUUCCAUUGCUGUGGAAGAAUCGACAGCCUUGCAAUGAGGAACUCUUUCCAAGAAACAAUUGUGAUGCUAACGAUUAUAAUAUGCCAUCAGCAGCUUCCACCAGCUCUUCUGCAUCAGAGAAAGUCUACCCUGAUGAUCUCAAAUUACAGAACAAUCCAUACCCUAAUGGCGACACAAAUUCUUCAAUUAGUGGCAAUUCAAUGUUUCCACCAAUUGAGAGUCAAUUUAAUAGGUCGUCUUUUGAGGACAAUUUGGGUACUAAUCGUAAGCAGGUAUAUCACACUGAACAUGGAAAAAAUGCCAUUGGAGUUCAGGAUCGUAGGAAGGGCCCACUCGGUUCCAAUCUAAAGUUAAAGGACCCUGAAAGCCCAAGCUCAUCAGUCAAUUCUAGUGCUGUUCAAGCUGAUCCAUUUAUGGAUGAUGUUGGGGAAUGUGAAAUUCCAUGGGAAGAUCUGGUAAUGGGUGAAAGAAUCGGACUAGGUUCGUAUGGAGAGGUCUACCGUGCUGAUUGGAAUGGCACAGAGGUGGCUGUGAAGAAGUUCCUAGACCAGGAUUUCUCAGGUGCUGCUUUGGCUGAAUUUAGAAGAGAAGUGCGCAUAAUGCGUAGAUUGCGUCAUCCAAAUGUUGUUCUUUUCAUGGGUGCUGUCACUCGACCUCCAAACCUCUCUAUCGUUACAGAGUUUCUCCCCAGAGGAAGCUUAUACCGGAUUAUUCAUCGUCCUAAUUGUCAGAUUGAUGAGAAGCGUAGAAUUAGAAUGGCUCUCGAUGUGGCAAAGGGUAUGAAUUGCUUGCAUACGAGCAUACCAACAAUUGUUCACCGGGAUUUGAAGUCUCCAAAUCUGUUGGUUGACAAUAAUUGGAAUGUCAAGGUAGGUGAUUUUGGGUUGUCACGCUUGAAGCAUAAUACGUUUUUGUCCUCCAAAUCAACAGCUGGAACACCCGAGUGGAUGGCCCCAGAAGUUCUCCGAAACGAGCCUUCAAAUGAGAAGUGCGAUGUAUAUAGCUUUGGUAUCAUUCUAUGGGAGCUUGCAACGUUGAGAUUGCCUUGGAGUGGGAUGAACCCAAUGCAAGUUGUUGGUGCUGUAGGUUUCCAAAAUCGCCGGCUUGACAUCCCCAAGGAAGUUGAUCCCUUGGUCGCUAGGAUUAUUUGGGAGUGCUGGCAAACAUUCCGCAUAAUCUCCGUCUUCCACGUACUUAAUUACCAUCAAGGAGUUGACAGCAAGGAUAACAUUGGAUUGGAAUUGAUGAAUCAAGGAUGCAAUUGAAACAUCAGAGGACGAAAUUGAAACCUGAACAUAUUUACAGGAUCAAAAUAUUAGAUAAGCUUCUAAUCUUUUUCUUUCUUUUUGUUUCGUUUUUGGCUUAGUAUUACUUUGGCCCUUAAACUUGAAUUGACAUUUGACACCAAUUUUGUCCUACAAUUGGAUUCCGUCAUGUCUACUCGGUGACUGUUGUCCAAUUCUGAUGGGAAAUACCAUGUCCCACUGAAAAUCUUCCGACUUUGGCCCUUCAAGUAAUAUAUAGGUUUUCUCUUCGGCCCUCAAAUAUAUUGCUCACUAUGGCCCUUUGGGUUGGUGCCAUGUGGCAUAUCUGUCAGUAAUGACGUGAAGGACUUUAUCACUUUGGCCACAUUUACCAAAAAUUUUCCAUUAGUUGAAGGACCAAAUCAAAAACUUUCCAGUUUAAGGACCAGAUUGAAUACUAUACUUGUUGUGAUGUGCAAUGUACAACAUAAUCUUUUGGUAUGAGCCUAUGAUGAUAUCUUUUAUUCCAAUGAUGUCCAGAGAUCCGAACUUGCGGCCUUCAUUUGCACAGCUCGCGGUGGCUCUAAAGCCAUUGCAGCGUCUUGCCAUACCUUCACAGUUUGAACAACAAAGUUCACCCCUUCCGCAAGAGAUCUCGGUGAAUACUACUCCUUGAGAUGUGUAACAGUUCCAAAGUGUGAAUAAGGUGACAAUUUGUUUGCCUUAGGUGAGUUCAGUAUGUGAACUCUUUGCGCGGGGUAAAGAAAGCUUUCGGAGUUAUAUUAUUGGCAAAUUAAAUGAAGCCAGUGGUAUUGCUAUUGCUGCCCGAAGACUGUGCAGCCUGUUUUGUAUAGUGCAGUUACAUAGUUUUGAUACUGAAGAUGACAAUUUCAUAUGGAUUUGUAAAUACCUUUCUUGAAAUAGAUUGUUAAAGCUGGUAGAAAAGAAAUAGUACAUAACAUCAAGGUAUCCAUCUUUGCAGAAA